AUGCUGUGGAUCCGCUACGUGGACGACACAUUUGUCAUCAUGAAACGGGAUUCAGUACACGAUGCACAUGAACUGCUAAACACCACUUUUGGAGAUAUCAAGUCUACAAUUGAACUGGAAAGAAACAGUCGACUACCGUUCGUAGACGUUUUGGUAAACAUAAAGAUGGAUGGGAUUCUGGAAACCAGGUUAUACCGGAAGGAGACUCAUACGGAUCAAAUACUAAAUUACAACAACAAUCAUUUAAUAAACCAUAAGAAGAGCUGCGCCCAAACAUUGUUCAAGAGGGAGGAGACACACUGCAGCACCACAGAACUGCGGAAGAAGGAAGGAAUCCAUUUAUUCAGAGUGUUCCAGAACAAUGGAUCUCCAAGGCACUCUGUCAAGAGAAGUUCGAAGAAGACAUCUCAACCGCAGCAACAGCAAGAACGAGCCAACAGACGGUCCAGCAAAUGUGUUCGUAAUUUACGGAAGGAACUCAUCGAUCAGUUUUACUUGAAUUCAGAAAAAAAUAUAAAUGCUAUUGGCGGUGACUCAUGUGUGAAUGUCAUUCCGAAAUCG